GUUUAGUAUUUCUGGUUUCCAGAAAGAAAAAAGGUAUUUUCCUGUAAGAAAAAACACAGGACCGUAGGAAAUUGGUUGUACCGCCUGCGUGAGCCACGGCAAAAGGAACAAAGCUCACACGAACACCGUUUCCACAGCCGAACCGCGUCCAGCGGUCACGCCGACACGGACACGUCGCGGGGCGGCACGUAGCACAGCCCCGGACCCGGAUGGCCGGAGCACCGGCACAAGAGAAGCGCAAACGAACGAGCACCGGUGGCCUCCACGUAGCACACACACGUUCCCACUAUACUCCGCCCGUUGGCACGCACACUCCUUCAACUCCUCUUUACUUAACUCGCAAGGACCAGACCCAAAUCCCCCCUCCCCGACUCCUCUCCGUCACGCCCACGAACUCCCGCCGCAGAUCGCUCCCAGCCUCCCGCUCCCCUCGCCACCACCGUGCUCGCUCAGCCCACCACCGCCAUGCCGUCCUAGCGCGCCACCCCGCCGCCCGAUUUACCGCCCGCUGCCCCCUUCUUUUAUGGAGGCCCCGCGCAGCCGCCGCACUCGCAAUGCCGCCGUCCCCACCGCCUGCUUCCUCCUCCUCCUCCUCACCCUCCUCACCCUCUCCGCCCGCCACCAAGACUCCACCGCCGUCCCCCUCCGUCGCGCCGUGCACCGGGCGGCCUUCUCAUCCCCUUUCUAUGCCUCCAAGCCGCGGGGGGACUGCCAGGAGCUGCAGUCGCUCCAGGGCGCGGAGGCCCGGUGCGCGUACCUCCAGUCGCACACCCCCUGCGCGCCCGCGGGGUACGUCGACUACCUCCGCCUCUUCUACUGCGGCUUCGCCGGCGCGGGGCACCCGGCGCUGGGCUACGCGGCGUCCCUGCUCUGGCUGGUGGUCCUCUUCUACCUGCUGGGCGACACCGCGUCCGAGUACUUCUGCGCCUCGCUCGAGGGCCUCUCCGCCGCGCUGCGCCUGCCCCCCGCCGUCGCCGGCGUCACGCUGCUCUCCCUCGGCAACGGCGCGCCCGACGUCUUCGCCAGCGUCGUCUCCUUCGCGGCCGGCGACGGCGGGGACGGCGGCGGGGUCGGCCUCAACAGCGCCCUCGGCGGCGCCCUCUUCGUCUCCACCGUCGUCGCCGGCGUCGUCGCGCUCGCCGCCGGGUCGCGCGGCGGUGGGGGAGGGGCCGUCGUGGAGAUGCGCGGGUUCGUGCGCGACCUCUGCUUCCUCUUCUUCGCGCUCUGCUACCUCGUGUGCGUGCUCGUGAGCGGCACCGUCAACGUCUGGGUGGCCGCGUCCUUCGUCUCCAUCUACGUCGCCUACGUCGCCCUCGUCUGGACCUCCCAGUGCUGCGCCGAGCCCGGCAAGCCACCGCACCCCGACCUCGCGGCGCCGCUCCUCCUCGACGACGACGACGACGUCCCUCCCCUGCCGUCCUACUCCUCCAAGACCGCGCCAGGCUCCAAGACAACAGCCUGCCUGCAUUACCUCGCGUGCGCGCUCCGCAUGCCGCUCUACCUCCCGCGGCGCCUGACCAUCCCGGACAUCGCCGCGCACCGCUGGUCCCGGCCCUGCGCCGUGGCCUCCGCCGCGCUGGCGCCGGUCCUCCUCGCCACGACAUGGACCUCGCACAGCACGGCGACGACCACCUCCUCGCGCCACCAACACACCACCGACGGCCACGCGAUCCUCCUCGCGGGCGCCGUCCUCGGCCUCCUGUUGUCCGGCCUCGCCGCGGCGACCACGGACACCACAUCCCCACCGCGCGGGCGCCGGCGCCGCGUGCCAUGGCUCGCCGCAGGGUUCCUGAUGAGCGUGCUCUGGGCGUACACCCUUGCGCGCGAGCUGGUGGCGCUCCUGGUGGCGAUCGGGUACAUGGUGGGCGUGAAGGCGAGCGUGCUGGGCGUGACGGUGCUGGCGUGGGGGGACUCGCUGGGCGACCUGGUCUCCAACGUGGCCAUGGCGACGCACGGCGGCCCCGGCGGCGCGCAGACGGCCGUCUCGGCCUGCUACGCCGGCCCGCUGUUCAACACGGUGGUGGGGCUGGGCCUGUCGCUCACGCUGGCGGCCGGCGCGCAGUACCCGACGCCGUUCACGCUCCCGGCGGACGCCGCGGUGUACGAGACGGUGGGGUUCCUGUGCGCCGGGCUGGCGUGGGCGCUGGUGGUGGUGCCGGCGAGGGGCAUGCGGCUGGACCGGGUGUACGGGGUGGGGCUCGUCGUCAUCUACCUCGCCUUCUUCGGGGUCCGCGUGCUCGACAGCCUCGGCCUCUGGUUCGGGUAGUAGCCAUCGCUCUGCUCUGCUCCCGUCAAUGGCGCCCACUGAUGUACGUAGAUGAGAUGCAUGCUUGUACAGUCAGCCGUAGCACAGCAGCAGUAUAGCUGGUAAGUAAGUGCUAUAGGAUUAGUGGUGUAAAUUUUCAUUGUUUAGGUUGGGGUUGGCAUGAAUCAAGAUGAUUUUGCGUCCACGGUA